AUGCAACAACCACCAAUGCAACAAUCUAUGGGUAUGCCUGUAAUGAAUAAUGGAAUGAUUCUUAAUCCUGGUCAAUCUGUUGUAUCAACGGGAAACGUUGGAAUGAAUGAUUUACAAAUGCAAGAAGCGCAAAAAUCACAACUCUUGCUUCAAGUUCUUAAUCUUCCUCAACAAACAAUUGACAUGUUGCCACCAGAACAACGUAAUCACGUAUUGGCUUUGAAACAGCAACUUUUACUUCAAACCAGGCAGUCAUAA